AUGGCAACUAGUGGUCCACUUGAAAAGGCUGUGAAAGGGAAAGGAGUUCAUAUCGACAGCGACAAUCGUAUUUGUUGGGAUGAAGAUGCGGAAAAACACCCUCGGAAUUGGAAUUCUGCAACCAAGACAUACACUGCCGCUCUCAUAUGCUGGCUGGAGAUGUACAUGACGGCGAUCAGCUCCUCUGGGACGGCUACCGCGACCUCAGCACGAGAGGAAUAUGGUAUAAGCAGAACAUUGGCAUAUUUUGCUUUUGUAUCCAUAUAUUUGCUGGGCCAAACUAUUGCUGGUAUAUUCUGCUCACCAAUCUCAGAAGUCUUCGGCAGACGAACCAUAUAUAUCCUUGCAGCAACCCUCUUCUGCAUUUCCUCGGCAAUUGUGGCUGCAGUACCGUCAAUCAUUGCUGUAUAUUUUGGUCGAUUCUUUCAAGGCGUGGCUGCCGCUAUUCCUGCGACUGUUGCGUUUGGCAACUUCGAUGACAUGUACAAUGCGGAACAUAGGAUCUGGGUCGUAUACAUAUACACCCUUCUUGGAAUGCUGGGUCUAGCACUUGGGCCCAUUUACUCAACAUACAUUACAUCGAGCAUAGGAUGGCGUUGGGUGUACUAUGUCUCCACGAUCGUUAUGGGUGCUACCGCCAUUGCAUGCAUCUUCACGAAAGAGUCAAACGCAGACCAACUACUGGACAAAAUUGUUGAAAAGAUACGCGAAGAGACUGGCAUAGAAGAUUUGCAGCCUGAUCAUGCCGAGGGAGAAAAACUCACCGUGUCCUCGUUUGUACAAAACACUCUCUUUCGACCCUUGAAGUUCCUUGUCACGGACCCUUUGGUGCUAUUCUGUGCCAUCCUAUGUGCGAUAGCAUUCGGAUUAAUAUACGGUUUGACGGAAUCACUGACGAUUGUAUACACGGCGUCGCCUUUUAACUUUUCGGAGGACAACUCCAGCCUGGCAUUCAUUGCCAUUGCGAUCGGGGAGAUACUCAACAUUGUGCCGCGUUUCUACGAUGCCUAUCUUUAUAGGAAAUACCGCAAAACACAGCGACGCAUCCUACCCGAGACCAAAAUCACAUCUUUUGCCAUCUCGGCUCCUGCUCUUGCCAUUGCUCUAUGGCUCUUCGCCUGGACCAUUCCACCACGUGUAACCAAUGUUCCCUGGCCUGUAAGCAUGAUUGGUCUGGUGAUGAUUGGCUUCAGUGCGAAUGAUUUUAGUUACGUGCUUUUCGGAUACGCCACUGACAGUUAUGGCAAGUAUGCUGCCAGCGCUGUUAGUGCCAUAAGUACCACACGUACCCUGGCCGCUGCAGUCUUUCCACUCUUUACACAUCAGAUGUAUACUGGUCUGGGUAGUAAUGUAGCAACUAGCAUCUUGGCGGCAAUCGCGAGUCUGUUUGCUUUUACACCAUUUCUCUUCCUAGGAUACGGAGAAAGGUUGAGGCAUCGAAGCAAGUUCGCGGCAGAUAACGAUGAGGCUCUGGAGCAGGAGAAUUCGCAUAUAAAGGACAAAGAGGACAAUCACGGUGUUGGUAGUGCAUGA